CUAGUUUUGUUUUCCUUUUCACUUUCACGGUUUCACCCAAAACCACCCAUGGUUUCGCCAACCCCACUUUAAAACCACCCAACUCUAACAUCCUAAGUAGCCACAUAUUUAAGGAUCCUCAUCCCACAGCCUCAACCCAAACCAAACCAAACCAAACCAAAUCAAAGCAAGCCAAUUGGUCUCUCUCUUACACCAUGAGUGCAUCAACCAAAGCUUGGAUUGUGGCAUCAAGCAUAGGGGCAGUGGAGGCCUUGAAAGACCAAUUAGGUGUAUGCAGAUGGAACUAUGCUUUAAGGUCACUACAACAACAUGCAAAGAACAACAUCAGAUCUUAUAGUCAAGCUAGGAAAUUGUCCUCUGCAUCCUCUGCUGCGGUUUCCAACAAGGUCAAGAGAACCAAAGAAGAGCAUAUGGGGAAAGUCAUCGAAUUCAAUUGCUGGGGUCCUAGUACUGCAAAGUUUUAAUUAGUUAAUAUUUAUCUUGGGUGUUGCUACGAUGAGACGGUGAAUAGAGACUGCUUUUUUCCAUAUUCAAUCCCAAUAUCCCCCAUUAAGCAUCAUUAUGUAUCUCACUUCCAAUGUCUAGUGCCCCUUUGCAAGAUAUAUACUUAUUCGUAGUCCUUUCAUCUCCUCAUGUUAUGUAUCUUAUUUCAUCCCAUUAUUAUAGCAAAUAUAUCUCGAUCGAUUUGAAGAAAAAAUGAGGUGUAUAGUGUAUUUUCCUUCUACCCCUAUAAAUGAUGAAAAAUUCUAGAUUGGUUUUA